GGCGCUGGUUGGAGACAGCUGCUGCAGAUCUCGUUCGAAUUUCCAAGGCAGUGUUCGUUCCGCUUCCGCCUGAUGGUCCGUUCCCCUUCCGGAACUCCAGCUACCUUAGUUGAAUCCGGAGUGAAUCUGGGAACUUGUGUGUCGACUACAUCUUCACUCGCCGAGGGAGAUGGCUUCGCCACGCACACGUCGAUGUCUACUAGAGCUACAGCCCAAAUACGAGAAUAGAAAGUGCUUCGAAUGUGGAGCCCACAAUCCACAAUGGGCCUCCGUUUCCUAUGGCAUUUGGAUUUGUCUUGAAUGCUCCGGUCAGCACAGGGGACUCGGCGUUCACUUGAGCUUCGUGCGCUCGAUCACAAUGGACAAAUGGAAGGAUGUAGAAUUGGAGAAAAUGAAAGUCGGCGGGAACGCUAAAGCAAAGGAGUUCCUGGAGAGCCAGGACGACUGGAGUUGGGACAUGAACUUGCGCGAUCGAUACAACACGAGAGCUGCAGCGCUACUCCGCGACAAAGUUGCGACAGAGGCUCGCGGUGAGCCAUGGAGCGUGGAGAAAUCCUCCGCGAGAAAUCAUCAGAGUUAUGCGAUCCCGAGACGUAGUUCCAAAACCUCUCAAGCGACGCCGAAGAGCCAGGCCGAGAACUAUUCCACGAACGGCGGAGAAGAUCUUUCGAAUUUGGGCGGUUAUCAGUCGAUGUCGACGGAGGACAUUUCUCGACACAAAGACUCGUUUUUCUCUCGUGUUCAAGCUGAAAACGCUUCGCGGCCCGAUCAUCUGCCGCCCUCCCAAGGAGGUAAAUACGCCGGAUUCGGCAAUCAAGCCUACUCUCCUCCGGUGACCUCCCCCCAGACCCCUGCUGAACAAGCCGGAGAGAUCCUUGGCUCGGUGUGGUCUUCGUUCUCUUCAAUGGCAAUCAAAGUCGGCGGAGCGGCAGCUCAUAAGGUCAUCGAGGCUUCGGAGGUGGUGCAACAGAAAGUCAGGGACGGGACUCUUGUGGACUCGCUCACCAAUCAGGUCACGAAAGCGGCGGAUGUCACAAAGCGCUCAGUUCAAGAUCUUACGACUGUUAUUGCACAGAAAGCUGGGUUCGAGCAAAUCGGCGGCAGUGACGAUCCCCGAGCAUUCCGUGACGACAGCCAAAUUGCUGACCAUGCACUCUGGGAUCGGGAGAGCGUUAUGACCAAGAGCAAAAGUGCGGCUGCUGGUUGGAGUUCCUACCAAAAUCAGGAGAAGGGCUCCGGGGGAAUGAAACCAGAGAAAGUGGAAGAAGAGAAUGACUGGGGCGAGUGGGGCAACGACUGGGGCUCGAAUGACAAGAAAAAAUAGGACGCUCGGGAAUAAAUUAGACAACGGCCCUUGGGAAGCACGCCGAAGUGGAGGGAACUCAGAGGAAACAAAUCAAUGAUCACUUCAAGGAACACGGCAGCAUCUGCUGUCGAAUCUCCUCAACUCGACAGCCCAGCGGAUACACUUUGAGUGAGAUCGAAUUUCUAGACCGUUAGGUGGAACCAUCAUCAUUUAGCUCGAUUGAAUUUGACCUGUCUAUCCUCGAAGGUGUUUAAUGCGCGAGAACCUACCGGGACCGGUGGUUAUUAUUUUUGUAUUAUUCCCGACCAUGACUGGACGGCUGCAUUAGCCGCCUCCCAGGUCUAUAUCUCAAUUCUGUAUUUAGUCUCCGUAUCGAUCUUUAUUGAGCGUUCAUCCUUCGGGAAUCGCCGACGUAUUGCUCGUUGGGGUUUCCGGAGCCUCUACGAUGUUUCAGGGGAUGGGAGGGAGGUCCUGGUCCCGGGACCACUUCCCCCCCAGAGACGGAACUGGGAGAAGUUAUUUCGAGAGAUUCAACUACGGUCGUUCGUUCCCUGUCGAGUUCCGUGCACAAAUGGUAUCAUGUUAGGCUCUAUCACACCGAAAAUGUUUUAUUGAGUGAGACGGAAAAAACGUCUGGAAAUUCCGUGCAUUCAAUCUGCGGACGAAGAUGUGCGCGUCUCGCGGAUAGUGAGAAAAAAAUAUGAAUCCAAAAAUGAGCGCGUGUUAGGACGGAGUGAACUUGAACCAUUUUGCUCGAGCGAUCACUCCCCGGGAGAUCAUGAUGGUAUGCGAGGCAAGGCUCAUAUAAAAAUAAAGUUAAGCAUCACUUGUUUCGAAA